CCUGGUGUGACGUCAUAAACUUUUUCCGUGAUCGCCCUCUUCGCGCGUGCAGAGAACGAGCAGCCGAGUAGCGAGCGAAGAAGAAAAUGGCGGUGUAAUGAUAUCUCUCGAUAUAUCGGAACAGAGGAAAGUCUCUCAAAUAUUGGACCCGUGGGAGUUUUAACCCGUCCGCGCGUUUAGCCGGACUGAAGCAAAAGGUGCUCAACGGCUUCCGGGAGUUUUCCUGACAGGCUGAAAGAGAGGGGAGCAUACGAGACCUUGGCAGAGUGAGAAGGACGGAGCGAGAGUGAACGGGCAAGAAAAGUCUCGAAGACGCCGAGAUAAGGCUCCGCUAUUGCAAGUGUCAUGCCUCUCGUAGCUUGGAAUGACUCGACGGCCACCCAAAAUAAAUAACCUCGAAAGCGAACACGCGCUUUCGUGACCCCGGGACUUUCUCGGGCGGUGCACCGAGCUUUGUUGGAGCGGCUGGUUAGUUUCAAUUUAGGAUGAGAUCCACGAGUCCUGCGAGACCGGUCAGCUGGAAAUGAGAUCGGUGUAACGAGAGAGACAAUACAGAACUGAUUUGCGCUUCAGGACUACCGGUAUUCCAUUGUUGCCCUUGACGUUUCUUAAGAUUCACAAUUGAGAAUUCAAAGUGGUGCACAAUUGGUCUCGGCUUGACAGAGAUAGAAGGCGGACGGAAGAAUGUCGCUAAAGUCUAAGGAGGUAGAUUUUGAUAAAACCUGGAACUUGCUACAGGAGACCGUGAAAAAUGUCAUCACGAUGUCAAGUGUGCCACGUGCAGUGUGGAACGAUAGGUUCAGUGACGUUUACUCACUUUGCGUGGCACAACCGGAGCCAUUGGCGGACCGACUAUACGACGAGACGAAAAGGUUCCUCGAUGACCAUGUAACGCAUUUGCUGAAAAAGGUUCAAAUGCAAGGAGACAUUGGACUGCUCCAGAGUUAUCACUCCACCUGGACUCAGUACUCUCAGGGCAUCAAUUGUCUACACCGAUUGUACCUUUAUUUAAAUCAACAAUAUAUAAGGAAGCAGAAACUCUCUGAAGCAGAGAUCAUUUAUGGAGCUUUGACGUCGACAGCUGCGGACUACCAGGAGCAAAUGGAAAUUGGUGAACUGGGUCUUGACAUCUGGAAAAAGAAAAUGAUCACUCCUUUAAGGAAAUCCUUGGUGGCACUUCUUCUGGAUGCGAUCCAUGCAGAUCGUGUUGGACAGACUCAACCAGCCACCUCGGACGUGAUUUCUGGUGUUGUCGAAAGUUUUGUCCAUGUAGAAGAGUAUAAGAUGAAUAGACAAUUACACUUGUAUCAAGAAAUUUUUGAAGCCCCCUUUCUAGAAGCGAGUGGAGACUUUUAUUCAAGAGAAGCAUCGGAAUUGUUACAACAGUCCGACGUAACUCGUUAUAUGGAACGAGUCACAUGCUGGCUAACCCAGGAAGAAUUAAGAGCCUACAAAUUUCUUCACGCUAGCUCAGUACCAAAGGUUAGACUGUGCUGCGAAGAGAAAAUGAUCGCUGCUCAUGUCGCCUGGUUGCACGUCGAAACCGACCAAAUGAUAGAGAAAGAAAAACGAAGAGACUUGUCGUUGCUGUAUCCUCUGUUGAGGCCAUUAUCUUCGGGCCUCGUUCCAUUGGUGCAGAAGCUUACACAGCACAUUACGCAGCAAGGAUUGCAAGCCAUCGGUGCAUUACAUGGAGAAAAUGUACACACGCAAUUUGUGGAGAGCAUACUGGAUGUGCAUUCGAAAUACUUUGAGAUGAUCAAAGAGGUGUUUAACGGUGAUCAAGCGUUUGUUGGUGCCCUCGAUAAGGCUUGUUCCGCAAUGGUCAAUCAUAGGCCAGCCCCAAGACAACCGGCACGUGCCCCAGAACUACUAGCAAAGUACUGUGACUCCCUGCUGAAGAAGUCACUAAAGGGUGUCUCGGACACUGAGAUCGACAAGAAACUGGAUCGCUCCAUUACUGUCUUUAAGUACGUGGAUGACAAAGACGUCUUCCAGAAAUUCUACGCGCGCAUGUUAGCGAAGCGUCUGAUCCACCAGCAGUCCCAUGCGAUGGAAUUCGAGGAGGCCAUGAUCGAUAGACUGAAACAAGCCUGCGGAUACGAGUUCACCAACAAGCUGCAUCGCAUGUUCACCGACAUAUCCGUCUCGGCGGAUUUGAACGCAAAAUUCGUGGCCAGUUUAAGGGAACGGGACGAGGAGAACCAGUUGGGAAUAGGCUUCAUGAUCUACGUACUUCAGGCUGGGGCCUGGCCACUGGGCUUGCCUCCGUCACCAGGACCCUUUCAUGUCCCACAACAGCUGGAAAAGUCAGUGCAAGCCUUCGAGACCUUCUACCAUGCACACUUCAGUGGCAGGAAGCUGACUUGGCUGCAUCACUUGUGCCAGGGCGAACUCAAGUUCAAUUACUUGAAAAAACCUUACGUCGUUACUGUUCAGACAUACCAGAUGGCCUUACUGUUGCUCUUCCAACACUGCGACACCAUCUCCUGCAGGGAAGCAGCCGCAUCACUGAGACUUUCCCAUGAACAGUUGGCCAAACAUGCCGCGAGUCUCGUCGACUGCAAAAUCUUGAAGAAAUCGACGGAAAACGAACUCGAGGAAGACACGAUCCUCUCACUGAACUUGGAUUAUUCUAACAAGAGGACCAAGUUCAAGGUCACCGGUGCUCUGCAAAGAGAUACUGCCCCUCAUGACACGGAAGCGACGCACCGAAGUGUCGACGAUGAUAGGAAACUCUACCUUCAAGCAGCUAUAGUGAGAAUUAUGAAGAGCAGGAAGCUCUUGAGACAUAACCAACUCAUACAGGAAGUACUCGGACAGUCUAAGUUGACUUUCGCUCCAUCCAUCGGCAUGAUCAAAAAGUGCAUCGAAGCCCUGAUAGAUAAGCAGUACAUCGAACGUACACCAAACAGCGCCGACGAGUACUCGUACGUCGCGUAGCCCUGCCAUAAUCUCGAAGAUUAAUAUAUUUCGUUCAUAACGCUCUCCGGUCCUGCUCCCAGCAUUGGUAUUGGAGCAGAUGGAAGACUUUAUCGUAUCGAAGAAGUAAGCAGCGAAAGCCUGCAUCAACUGGGACCGAACCAUCCGGGACUCAGCUAUCGGUAUGAAACUGCGAAAACUCGUUCGAUGAAGGGGAAUCUCAUUCCCAUUGACCUGCUCCAAUGUGUAUUCGUACAAAGUUUAAAUUAUCGAAAACGGUAGAGAGCAUCUCCGAUUGCUUAAUCGCUACUAAAAUCAACCGAUCGAUCAUCUCAAUUAGCUGAUUUAAAUAAAAUGUAAUAUAUGCGCACCGAAUAAAGAGGAUAUUAUUAUUUUA